AUGACAAGUGCAUCUUUAUCGGCACCGGCGGCAUCAAGCGAGUUGGCAUUAACUACGAUCAUACCAACAUUCACGACGGAUUCACCACAAGGCGAGUCGCCGGAAUUCAAGACUUUAAAAGUGUUUCUUUAUUGUACCAUUCUUGCCUUCAGUUCACUGGGUAACGGACUCGUUUUCCUCUUGAUUUCUUGCAACCGUCGUCUCCGUCAAGGGUCCUCAAACAGAUUGUUACUUAACUUGAGUGCGUGUGAUUUCCUCACUCCGUUAUUGGGUAUACCGUUUGACUUGGUGCUCGAAGAACGUGGUUACGUUUGGCCCUACGGCGAGUUCAUGUGCCAUGCACUGUGGCCAGCGUCUACAUUCACGGCUACAGCAUCUGCUCUUACUUUGGCGGCCAUUUCGUUGGACAGGCAAGUCAUUAACCUCCUUCAAUUAACCCCUCAGUUGACUUACUAUUAGUGGAAGCAAAAAGCAAAACGGCUGAAGACAACAGAUAGCAAAUGUUAUCUUAGAUAAUUAUGAAAAAAAAAACAACGUUUAAAAGUGCAUCUGAAGAGAUUUCAUUUGAAUGAUCUUGAGUGGUCAUGCCAUAAGAUUUCGUCACAAACUAGUUUAAAAGAUUUUUACACUGGAAACUUCCCGAUUUCAUUGUUUACUCUCUACGGAACGUAGGAAGGGAAAGUCCAAAAAGUGCAAGUUAUUGAUAACAGUAUGAGAAAGUGCUACUGUACAACUUUCAUUCAAUAUGAAAUCAGUACUCAUUAACUUCUCAACGGAGAUCUUCAUUAUCCAUAGACUUAUGACAACAUUUACAGCUAAAAAUCUCACAAAACUGCCCUUGUUUGAGGGGCUCUGUAACACUAAACCCACUUAAAUUCUAGGCUCAGUAACAUUAACAACCGGCACUAUAUAUUAAAAAAUACACCAUAACUUUAUUGAAUCUACCUAGAAAGGGCUUUUAAGGUCCUGCUCAGUGACAGUAGGUUAAUACUUGUUUGCGACCCAUGUCAAUUGCUAACACAUGGUUACCAUUAGUUGAAAAAAAUGCUCCAAGGUACCUCAGUCUUUUCGUCCGGCCUGGGCAUUACAUAAUCAGAUUUUGAUGUCAGUAAUGUUUCGAAGGCAAACGUUAGAGAAGCUAUCUGGUUUUUUCUUCUUAAAAAGCUUGAGACAAUUUUUGUGUUGGAAAUUAAAUUUACACCCAGUUUAAACCCGCAAAUCGUCGUUGAAAUCAUCGCUACGAACACACUUUUUGCCAAGUUCUAAUUGCAUAAAAAAAUGUUUUUAUUUUUAUUUCUCAGGGAAGAUUGACAAAUAUUUCUGGCAUUGUAAUAAUGUAACAAAAUCAUUAUCACCUAUUUUAGAGAUCUUGGAUGCUUAAAUCAUUAAUGAUCACAUUCUAAGCACAGUUUUCAACAAGCGAGUAAUUAACUGAUACGUUUGUCACAUUUUGACGCCUUCUAUUAAUUUUUGAUAUUUUUAAAGAGCAGUCCACUCGAUGCCGAAGGAAUUGCCUUUGUUUUAGAAAAUAACAGAGGAAAAAAGCUGUAGCUUCAAAAUUUGCUUAAAAAGAAAUCUCUCUGUACUUACACUUGGACAGAUCUAAGUCCACCCCGAAAGGGACUCCUAUAAGAAGUGACAGGGAUGGUCGUCUCGCUUGGGGGUAUAAAUUGCAGAUUUUGUUCUCAAUUAGGGUGUUUCGGACGAAAAAUUACUGUAUUUGUCCAUUCAGGUAUCGCUUAGGGCUGUGCAAAAAGAAAUCUACAAAAAAUGCCUUAACACUGACCACACAAAGAACACGCUCUUAGAGAUGUCUGUUUUAGGGGUCAGCCACAUUGAUCUCCCUUAGGCGGCUUAAUUUUAAUUUUCCGAAGACCAUAUUCCCGUCCCCUUUAUAUGGGAGUAGCCCCCUGGGGUCCACCUUAGGUUAGCCUGUGAACAGGCUCUCUGUUUGGGGAAAGGAUGAAAAAUUCGUGUGGAGAGGGAAGGGAAAGGGUGAUUUUUUUUUUCGCGAUUUUUUCACCCUUUCCCCAAACAGAGAGCCUGUUCACAGGCUAGCCUUAGGUUAUCUCUGACAAUCAAAUCAGAGUGUCAUUAAGUAUAAUCAAUGACAUCUAUCAUGGAAAUUUUAGUAGACCCCGCGCGGAUCAAUCGGCUCAUUGCAUGAAUAUUUCUGUGGGAAAACUAAACUGGUUUUGACGGUGUCCUCUCGGCUUGACUCGCUUUUAUCUACACCGAUGCUUUUUUAAUUGACUUUUCUACGCGUUUUGGUCUUACUCGUCCACGCCUAAGCGAUUACAUUGAAACAGAGGUUUUUGAAAAAAGACUGUCGCAAAAAGAAAAUUUCAAAAACGCUAACGUGACAGCUACUCACACAUUACUUGGCGAAAAUAAACGAGAGCAUCAUUACACGGUGUCCGUGAAUAGCCUGAGCACAAGAGCGUAUUGCAAGAUUUGUGGACGGCUUAGUUUGGACUGUUGCAAAAACAAAUGUGCAAACGCUGGGAUAUUGAGUCUAAUUUCUAUUCGCUUUUGUCAAUGCUCAACCCCCCUGGGGUUUUCUCAAAAAAGGUUCUAUACGGGGAGACUCCUCCCGAGGUCUAACCCCAUCACCCUUUACUCUACACUUUUGACAGAAAAGGUACCUGGCCCUCUCGUAUACCUUCUUAAUUGAUAAAUAGUACCCCUUUCACUGGUAUAACUAGUUCAGAACUUUUUAUCCCUCAAAUUAUAAGUUAACUGCAUGCUGUAAAUGCACGCACUGUCACUUUAAAUUAAGAAUAAACCACAAAACAUGAACGUUUUCUCGACUUUUUCACAGCUAUAAUAAAAUACUUCUGUAAGCCCCUUUGGGCCCCUUUACAUACGGAAAUGACAGAUUUUCCUACCGUUUAAGAUACUUCAACUAGUGAAAUCUUUGCACUUUAGUAUGACCGAACAGUGGUGGAUCCAGCAGAGGAGCCGGGGGGGGGGCCGGCCCCCCUCCUUCUUUUUUAUAGACCAAAGUGAGGCCCAAAGGGCCGAAAAAAAUUCUUUGGAGACCAUCUUCCCCCCCCACCCCUUAUCUUAAAGCCUGGAUCCGGCACUGCCGAAAACCUAUCAAAGGUUCCCCUUUGAGGGCGGAGACCUACGUUACCCCGUAUUGUUGGUUUUCACAUGACGUCACUAAAAUUCAAACUACAAAACUAUCGAUCCUGUACUGAGAUUUUUCUUUUAUGAUGUAUUAGAGCAGCUGAAAUCUAACUUUCAUUCAAAUUUUCGCUUCAAAAGGGUUCUUAGUUUUGUGAUAGAAUACGCUUGAAUUUCUAAGCUUUUGCGUGACGUGGCAUUCACAUGACGGCCGAGAGAGCUGUCAUGUAUGUUAAAAAAGGGACGUUUUUCGGGGACUUUUGUUAUCUUAACAGUUCAUGUAUUAGAAAAAGUAUUACUUUAAUGUUUAUGAAUUCCUCGAGGAAUAAAUUUACGCUUUUGCACCAAAACCCGGUAACAGAUGUUUUUGUAGGUUUCCGUCCGCCAUGUUGGUGCCCAUCCAGGUGGGCACCAGCAUGGCGUCUCCAUACAAAUCCCUAUAAAUUUGGGUAAAACAUUUCUUCGGAUAUCUCGUAUACGGAAUAUUCUUCUGACCUGAAUCUUGGCGAGAAUCUUUGUACAUUUACCUCCUUUCAUUUCCCAGAAAAAAAAAACGCAUCAGUACUGGAAAGAAUAAAAUGCUGGUUUUAUCUAAUUUCUGAUACAAAGUUUGUUUCUUUAACAGAUUUCGCCUCCUAAUGCAUCCCUUCAUUCCGCGACUCACCAAAAAGCAAAUCAAGUUCGUCAUUAUCAGCGUUCACGUGUUAUCUCUAGUCAUAAUUAUACCUUAUGUCAGCUUUUUAAAACUGGAGGAUCACGAAUGCAUCGAACAAUGGCCUCAGCUUGGAUACAGACAAGCUUACACCGUUGUACUAUUCUUGGCCCAGUACGCUAUACCUCUUGUCUUCAUGACAACAAUGUACACAGUUGCCCUGGUCAAACUUUACAACGUCACAAGCAACACGAGUCAGAUGCGCAUGGAAUCUCAACACCCUCGUAGGGUUUCGGCAAAUCGUCGGAAAAUUUCUGGUAGUUCUCAAUUCUCCGAGACAAAUAACAACGCAGCGGGAAAUGGUAAGAAGAACCCGAUUCGAAAACUCAGUUCGCGCGUUGCUUACACGAUGUCCCGCGGGUUCGACCUCGAAUCCAAUGUCCGCGUGACGAUGAUGUUUAUCGUUAUAGUUGCAAUCUUUGCUAUCUUUAUGCUUCCCAACCAAAUAGUAUGGCUCUGGAUGGAUUUUGGAGCAGGAAAUGAUCAUAUCCGGUUAAAUCUGAUAAAAAUAGUCUGUUGGCUAUUCACUUAUACCAACUGUGUGUGCAAUCCUGUGAUCUUUGUCAUAUUUUGCAAAGAAUUCCGCACAGAGAUUUUGAUAUUUCCUAGAAGACUUUUGAGGAAGCGCAGGCAGCGGUUAAGUAUAUCAAGAUCUUCCGUUCCUGCCGCCGACCUGGAAAUACGGCGUUGCGAGCUUCGUCGCCUGUCUCCGCCUGCCAGCCUAUAG